AGCAGGUUUCAGUUUCCGGCGGCGACAACUUCACAAAGCUCAAGACGAGGAAGACGAAAGAGGAGAGGGAGGCCCUCAAGGUGGCCAAGGAAGAAGAGAAAAAGAGAAAGGCGCUCGAGAAAGAAGUGGCACGCUCCACAAAGCCGGGGGAGUGCAUGAAGUAUGUGAGGGUGUCUGUGGACAAGAACAUCCUGGACGCGGCGUCCGUCACGGAGCUCAUGGAUGCCUUUCUGGAGGCAGACAUCGGGGCCGACACCGCAGAGCUUCCGCUGGAGCGCAGCGUUCUCUGGUCGCGGAAGCACCUCUCGCUUGACGAGGCACGGCCCGGAUCGUCGGCGUUAACGUCCGAAGUCCAGGAGAACCAGGUGGCGGUGGUUCUGCCGGCUGACCAGUUCCUCCGGCUCGUCGCUUCCGAAAGACAGGACCCUCUGACGCGCGAGCACACGUCGCUUUCGGAACACCUGACCAGCGUCGAAGACCUCUACCCGGACAAGCGUGUGACGUACCUCGUGUUCGAGAUCGAGAAAUACUUCCGUCGAGAAAAGCGUAAAGCCAACGAGGAGUAUAGGGCGCUCAUUCUCGGAACCACAACGCAAGCGCCCAAGCGCAAGAAGACCACUUCGUACGACGGUCCAAAGCUGACAAGGGACGACAUCGAGACGACGCUGGUUCCGCUACAACUGGAGCGCCACUUCAACAUCCACUACGUCGAGACCGCCAACCAGCUGUCCAAGCUGCUCACGGCAUUCACCAAGGCAGUUGCAGAGCGGCUACACAAGCAGGCGAAGCAGGGUCGCGACCUCCACUUCCUGGCACCGGGGGGCGGCAUGCUGCGCAAGCACGACAGCCUGCUGCGCGUGUGGCAGGCGCAGCUUGAGCAGUUUGCCAGCGUGGGGCGGGACAUGGCGGAGGCCAUCGUGACACGCUACCCUUCGCCCAGGCUGCUCCUCCAGGCGUUCGAGGCCUGCGCCGACCCGUCGCAAGCCGAAGUUCUCCUCCAAGACAUCUUGGUCCGUCGCGGAGCGGGCGUGCUGGAGUCGACACGACGCGUCGGACCGGUCGUUUCCAAGCGGAUCUACCGCUUCUUCAGCUCGGACAACGGAAACGCCUACUUCGACUGACGUCGCACCUGUGCCGUGCAAAAUACUUUCAUAUAUAAUGUCGCUGCAAUCCCAAAUCUAAGGUUUAAGAGCGAGGACGACACAAAACAGGACAAGGUCUUUUUCUCUACAUAUUUUGUAACUUCUGUUGCAUCGACACUGGCUCGUCUACAGCAAGUGCCUCUCAAAAAUUUACGCAUUUUUUUUUCACCACAAAAAUAAAGUAUGUAUCGCCGAA